AUGAGGCGCACGUGCCUCUUCUCGGGGACUGGUGACGCUCUGGUGGGAUGGGUACAAAUCUUGGUGCGCCUAUCUCUAAAGCUGUCUCUUGUCAUCCUCGAUGAAGUCCUUUCUCUUCUCUCCUCCCUCCACCCGUUGCCAGCAGCUUCCUUUACGAUCUCUCUUCGUACGGUGGACAACAUUACAGUUAUGAUUAAACUGAGACCCGGUGUUUCACCAAGCUGUCAAAUUCGUGUUAAAAAUGUCAUCAGGUCUGAACUCAAGAUAAAGCCUGGGGAGAACGUGACUUUUGCCUUCAGUUGUAGUACUCCAGAGAAGUAUUUCGUCAUGGAAAUUCAGAAAAAUAUUGACUGUGUGUCAGGUCCGUGUCCCUUUGGAGAUGUUCAUCUUUACCCACUGGGGCUACCUCGCCUUAACAGGACUUUCAUCUGGGAUGUGAAGGCAAGUACAAAGGCUGGACUUGAACUGAAAUUUUCUACCCCGUGGCUAAAACAGAUUGAACCAGGAGAGACGUGCCCAGAUUUCGUUAGCUACAACAUCAACAGCUGUAUCGAUAUGGCCACAGUCAACAUUGGCACCUUCUGCAGGAACGGCUCGGUGUCUCGUGUCAAGCUGCUGGGAGGAGUAAUCAUGUCUCUGCACCUCCCGUGGGACUCGCCUCUCACCACCUCGGGCUUCAGCAUAGCUAACAGGGCUUCCAUAAAACGGUUAUGCAUCAUUGAAUCCAUUUUGAAGGGGGAGUCUUCAAUCACCCUGAUGUCCCCAAACUACCCGCUGGGCUUUCCAGAAGAUGAGCUCAUGACGUGGCAGUUUGUGAUUCCUUCCAACAUGAGAGCAAGCGUGUUUUUCCACAACUACAGCCUCUCCAACUGCGAAAGGAAAGAGGAGAGGGUGGAGUACUACCUCCCUGGCUCCCUCAGCAACCCAGAGGUGUUCAAGCUGAGCGACAGUCAGCCUGCCAAUAUCGCUGGCAGUUUCAACCUGUCCCUGCAGGGCUGCGAUCAGGAUGCCCAGAACCCGGGCAUCCUCCGCUUGCUCUUCCAAGUCGUCGUUCAGCACCCGCAGGUCGACGAGAGUAAGUACCUGCCUGCCCCUUCGUUGCUUUUGCUUACAGACGCCUGGGCCGAGCACCGCAAGGAAGAGAAGUACUGGGGUUUUCUUGAACUUUGGACCCUCCUUGAGUUUGAGGAGGUGGGUUGCCAAGCAACGCUGAGGCCUGUUUUACCGCCCUGGGUACCACCGGCCAUCGUUACGGCAAGGCGGAUGGCGAUGCUAAAAUUUGCAAUUUGUGAUGGAGUAUAA